AUGCUAACGCGUGUUGUAGCAGCAGUAACCCCGACGAUAGCGUCGCCUACACCGACUGAUGGCAAGCCGUCCUCGCCCCAACUAUCGCCCGCGCCGACCUCGAGUUCUGACCUCAAGUCUACAGCUCCGGCUUCCGCUCCCGCUGCCAACGAUAGCAAGAACAUCGUGCGACGAAAACUCACCGGCUACGUUGGUUUUGCCAAUUUACCGAACCAAUGGCAUCGUAAGAGUGUCCGAAAGGGCUUUAACUUCAAUGUCAUGGUCGUUGGUGAAUCUGGCUUGGGCAAGUCCACUCUGGUCAACACGCUGUUUAACACGUCUCUAUACCCGCCCAAGGACCGAAAGGGACCGAGUCUUGACAUAAUACCUAAGACUGUCUCUAUCCAAUCCAUCAGUGCCGAUAUCGAGGAGGCGGGUGUCCGUCUACGGCUGACCGUUGUGGAUACUCCGGGCUUCGGAGACUUCGUGAACAACGACGAGUCGUGGAGACCCAUCAUUGACAACAUUGAACAGCGUUUCGAUGCCUAUUUGGACGCCGAGAACAAGGUCAACCGCAUGAACAUCGUCGACAAUCGUAUUCACGCUUGCGUCUUCUUCAUUCAACCCACUGGCCACUCCCUGAAGCCUCUUGAUAUCGAAGUUAUGCGUCGCCUGCACACCAAGGUCAACCUGAUUCCGGUUAUUGCGAAGUCCGAUACCCUCACCGACGAGGAGAUCGUCGGGUUCAAGUCUAGGAUUCUCGCCGAUAUCAAGCACCACGGCAUCCAGAUCUUCGAGGGCCCUCGUUACGAGCUGGAUGAUGAAGAGACAAUUGCCGAGAACAACGAGAUCAUGUCCAAGGUCCCCUUCGCCGUUGUCGGUGCCAACAACGAGAUCACCAACGCCGAUGGGCGCAAGGUUCGUGGUCGCCGAUACCCGUGGGGUGUUAUCGAGGUCGACAAUGAGGAGCACUGCGACUUCGUGAAGCUACGACAGAUGCUCAUUAGAACGCACAUGGAGGAGCUCAAGGAGCAUACGAACAAUGUCCUUUAUGAGAAUUACCGUACCGACAAGCUCACCGCGAUGGGCGUUGCUCAGGACCCGAGCGUAUUCAAGGAAGUCAACCCAGCUGUGAAGCAGGAGGAGGAACGCGCUCUCCACGAGCAGAAGCUUGCCAAGAUGGAAGCCGAAAUGAAGAUGGUGUUCCAGCAGAAGGUGGCCGAGAAGGAAAGCAAGCUGAAGCAGAGCGAAGAAGAGUUAUACGCCCGCCAUCGCGAGAUGAAGGAGCAGCUCGAGCGCCAGCGGUUGGAGCUGGAGGAGAAGAAGGCCAGAGUCGAGAGCGGACGGCCACUAGAGAAGGAGGGCAAGCGGAAAGGUUUCUCCCUACGGAAUUAA